UUAUUAGACAAACAGUGAAGUACCCACCUCGUUCUGCUGCUGCCUGAACCCCUCCUGAAACCGUGAGUCACAUGUAUGGAAGUGAUACUAUGUACCAGAUGUCUACCUCUCCGCGUAGAGUCAACAGUGUAGUCAGCAUCAAAGUAACAGUCUCACCUCUCGGCUCUCGGCUCUCUCCCCGCCUCCGGCCGGACUGUCACUACCUCUCUCCACACUCGAGCUAACGUUAGCCUAGCACACAAGUGUCCCUACAUCAACACCACGGAGUCAGGCGACGUAAACACACACGGGGAAAACAGCGCGGGGAUUCCGUGCGAGUCUGUCCGCGGCUACGGGCUCCUCCACCCUCCAAACUGUCUCCGUGACUUCUUCAGUCAACUCCUAUCGCGCAGUGUCAGGCAGGUUGGGGAAUAAAUGAUUCCAUGAUUCGCUGAAAGAGUCGGCAUGGCGGCGCAUCCGGGCUCCGAGCAGCAGCAGCAGCAGCUUGAGAUGACUGGGGCGGAGAUCUGUGACUGGGAGGAGAAGAACUCCUUCACUGGGAGAUUAUCAGGAGCCUCACCAUGCUGGUUGUCACUAGCAUCAGAGAGAUGGCAACAAUCCUCAACCCAGUCGAUUGUAAUUUGGUUUUGAUGGCACCUUCACAAUCAAGUUCAAGGCAACAAACUACAAGGACAUUGUGAGUGCUACUAAAGAUGUCUGAUAGUGUCGAUAUUGAAGAGAAACCACCAGCCCCCCCCUUGAGAAUGAACAGUAGUUCCAGAGACUCUUCAUCAGUGAAUCACGCCUCUAAACCGCUUCCAAUGGCUCCUGAAGAGAAAAACAAGAAAGUCCGCCUGCGCUCCAUCUUCCCCGGGGGAGACAAGACAAACAAGAAGAAGGAGAAGGAACGUCCUGAGAUAUCCCUGCCCUCAGACUUUGAACACACCAUUCAUGUCGGCUUUGAUGCUGUAACAGGAGAAUUCACGGGUAUCCCAGAGCAGUGGGCACGGCUCCUUCAGACCUCGAACAUCACUAAACUGGAGCAGAAGAAGAACCCACAGGCCGUGCUGGACGUCUUAAAGUUCUACGACUCUAAAGAGACUGUGAACAACCAGAAAUACAUGAGCUUCACCUCGGGAGACAAGUCAGCACAUGGGUACAUUGCAGCAAACACUCUGAACCGGCUGCUGUCAUCUGGGCCUCCCGUCAGCCUUAGAACCUGCAGCGCAUUAUUUGACAAGGGAGCCAAAACAUCAUCAUCAGAGCCCCCAAUCGCUCCACCCGUGUCAGAAGAAGAAGAUGAAGAAGAAGAAGAAGAGGAGGAGGAAGAAGAAGAAGAGGACGAUGACGACGAGCUGCCCCCGGUCAUUGCCCCUCGGCCCGAGCACACCAAAUCUAUCUACACACGUUCCGUCAUGGACCCAAAGCCACCCACCCCUGUGAAAGAAGUCGUGACCCCACCGGAGUCUCAGGUCCAGCCGGAGAACACGUCCAACACGAUGUACCGCAACACGGAUCGCCAGAGAAAGAAGUCCAAAAUGACAGAUGAGGAGAUUCUGGAGAGGCUCAGGAGUAUUGUGAGUGUGGGGGAUCCCAAAAAGAAGUACACACGCUUCGAGAAAAUAGGACAAGGAGCGUCUGGCACUGUGUACACAGCCAUCGACAUAGCAACUGGCCAAGAGGUGGCCAUCAAGCAGAUGAACCUGCAGCAGCAGCCCAAGAAAGAGCUGAUCAUCAACGAGAUCCUGGUGAUGAGGGAAAACAAAAACUCCAACAUAGUCAACUACCUGGACAGUUACUUGGUUGGAGACGAGCUUUGGGUGGUGAUGGAGUAUUUGGCGGGGGGUUCGUUGACAGAUGUAGUGACUGAGACCUGCAUGGAUGAAGGCCAGAUCGCUGCAGUCUGCAGAGAGUGUCUUCAAGCCCUCGACUUCCUACACUCUAACCAGGUGAUCCACAGAGAUAUAAAGAGUGAUAAUAUCCUCCUGGGUAUGGAUGGAUCAGUCAAGCUCACCGACUUUGGCUUCUGUGCCCAAAUCACUCCCGAGCAGAACAAGCGCAGCACGAUGGUGGGAACGCCCUACUGGAUGGCACCGGAGGUGGUUACUCGAAAGGCUUACGGCCCCAAAGUGGAUAUCUGGUCUCUGGGAAUCAUGGCGAUAGAGAUGGUGGAGGGAGAACCGCCCUACCUGAAUGAAAAUCCACUCAGGGCGCUGUACCUGAUAGCUACCAAUGGUACUCCAGAGCUGCAGAACCCAGAGAGGCUGUCGUCAGUGUUCAGAGACUUCCUAAACCGCUGUCUGGAGAUGGAUGUGGACCGCAGAGGCUCUGCAAAGGAGCUGCUCCAGCAUUCCUUCCUGAAGCUGGCAAAGCCUCUCUCCAGCCUGACGCCUCUGAUUGUAGCUGCAAAGGAAGCCAUAAAGAACAGCAGUCGCUAGGGUGUGCCCUAUGUCCCCCACCUGAGGCUGGAGCCCUGCCUGGGAUGUGUGCGUUCAUGGGGGCAGGGGCUUGGGUGUGUACGCGGUGGGUGACGCGACAGCAACAGCACAAGGAGGGCGUGGGGGGGUGAUUGUGUGACAUACAGUGACAGCACAAGGACAAAAGACCCCCGGGCCUCUCAUGUAGGACGGACAUCUGGCCUUGCAGCCUCUCGGCCCCAUGCUGCUGAACAGACUUUGCCUCCUCGUUUACUUCUCCACCACUCUGUACAUGUAGAGCAGUCCAUCACAAGUGUGCGUGUGUGCAAGCGUGCGUGUAUGUGUGUGAACAAAAACUGUGCACAUCCCUUUGUGUCAUAUGUCCGUUUUGGCAAAAGUCUCUCAGAAAAAUGUGGUGAAAAUCAUAAAGGAAAAUGUGCUCAGUUUCAAGAUGGUACUGGAGGAGUGAAGAGGAGAAGGUGAUGAAGAGCCUGUGAUUCUUUCCCUGCCCGGUUUGAGGGUCGCUUUCCUUUCCUCUGGACCCUCCAUGGAGCACAAUCAGGCCACACUUGCACCUGCAUUGACCCACUCAUGUGAGAGAGUGACUCUGGGACUCUCUGGACCCGACCUCUGCCUGCAUGACUAUGGCUGUACGGAGCAACAUCGCUACUCCUCACGUGUUGGAGUGGGGCAUAUUUUGGUGUAUGUGUGUAUGCGCGUGUGUAUGAAAGUGUGAAAGUGUGUAGGGGUGCAGCUACAGGGGAAACAGUCAGGUGUGAUUUCACAUGACCUACACCAGCUUUAAACAUCCUCCAUUAAUCUGCUUCAUAUCAGUGAAGAGAUUCAGGUCUCUCAUUCAUUCUGUCAGACAGUGUCUGUAACAGAGUUCAGGUUAGCUGCUGUCAAUCUGCUGAUUUCCUCUCUUGAUUAUUUGAAAUACCGAAACACUGUUGCACAUUUUGCCUGCAUAAAACCCGGAAUUUAACUAGAGGCGUACACACAACUGUAAAUGACACUUGAAUAUAUCAUAAAAGAUAAGUGAACU